GUUAAAAAAAAAAAAAAGUAACUUUACAGCUAUCCGUCACCAAGCAGCGAAGCGACGUCAGCAUGCAGUCGCUGCUCCUCCGCGGCUUGUCAUGGUCGGCACUCGCCUGUCGUCUGAGAGCCCGAGCACCGGCGGUUGUAGCCGGCUUCGGUGGCCAUCCGGGCGGGAAAGGGUGGUACACUAAAUUCGGAGGUGGCGACCUGGAGGUAGAAUUAAAGAGACUGCCCGGGGAGGACGAAGGCAUUGUGGAGGUGCUCAUGUGCAGAAAUAAGGCCCGGAACGCUUUGGGUCAUGUGUUUGUGUCACAGAUGAGGGAGCUGGUGUCCAUGAUGGCCACGGAUUCGACAGUGCGUGUGCUUCUCUUCAGGAGUUUGGUUCCUGGGGUGUUCUGUGCAGGCGCCGACCUGAAGGAAAGGGCUGUGAUGAACAACCAGGAGUCUGAUCUGUUUGUUCACGGUCUGCGAUCCCUCAUGACCCAGAUAGCCUUGUUGCCCAUGCCAACCAUAGCGGCCAUUGAUGGUGUUGCAGUGGGAGGGGGACUGGAGUUGGCCUUGGCCUGUGAUCUGCGCACUGCUGCGUGUUCCGCACAGAUGGGCCUGAUUGAGACGACGCGAGGGCUGCUCCCGGGGGCCGGGGGCAGUCAACGGCUACCUCGUGCUGUGGGCUUGGCCCUGGCCAAGGAGCUUAUCUUCACAGGGAGAUGCGUGGGAGGGAAGGCGGCUGCCGAGAUGGGCCUGGUGAACAGAGUGGUGCAGCAGGACGGGACGGGUGAGGCGGCGUACGCGGAAGCGCUCGGCCUGGCCAGAGAGAUCCUGCCCCAGGCCCCCAUUGCUGUGCGGAUGGCUAAAGAGGCAAUGAUCAGAGGCAUGGAGGUUGACAUCACUUCAGCAAUGGCCAUAGAGAGGAUGUGCUACGCUCAGGUCAUCCCGACGCGGGACAGGCGGGAGGGUAUGGCAGCCUUCAUAGAGAAGAGACCUCCGCGAUAUAUUGGUGAAUGAGUUGUUCUUAUUUUUGGGAUGAAUCACUUUACUCAAAAAGGAGUCAGUGAAUGUUAUACAAACCAACUAAAUGUAUAUGGCGGAAAACACUUAGAUGACUUGAAGUUCCGCUCUGAAACCCCCAAUUUGGCCAACUUUCAAAAUUGUCCGAUAUGCAUGUGUGAUACAUCAUUGGAAAGCUUCAAAUCUCAAUUUUCUUGGGGAAGAAAAAUUCUGAACAGGAAGGAAUUAAAAAAAAAUAAAAUAAAAAUUCAAACAGCAAAACCCUAUUUGGAGGUGAGAGCAUGAAAGAGCAGAAUUAAAGACGCAGUGACUUUAACGAGAUAUUAUCGCGUACUUACCUUGUUUCGAUCCAAAAACUCCAUGUAGCAACUAUCACAUGCUCGGGGCUCUAGACCCUGCACUGAUCAACACGGGGACCCUAGCAGCCUUUUAAAAAACUUAUAAAGAGAUUACUCUAAGCCGCUAUAGAGACUGACCUCUAGCAUGAUAAAGAAUUGCCCAAGGUUCAAAUCAGGGCAUUCAGCCAGACACACAAACACUACAUUGUGUUCCCAUAACAAAAAGUUGAGGAAUAUGAGUGACUAAAGAUAUGAUAGUCAUAACAUGCCUUAACAAUCAGCUCCGUCGCAAAGACAGAACAUUAUCCAUCUGCUGACAUAGGCGAAUGCUGCCUAGUUCUGAUUAAAUCUGUGCCAAUUUUAUGUGUCAUGGAACUGCUUAACUGGUCACUAAGUACCUUGGACAAGAUUUUCUCAACAAUGUGACCUACAUCGAGCCAACGCCCAUGUCCGGCCAACACUUUCACGUCUGGAUAACGGAAGAUCUCUUAGCAGAAAAACUCUAACCUAAUCAAUGAGCAAACGGAUGUUUGACUGCUUGACCCAAGUGUCAUGUCUAAUCAAUGACUUUUGGGAAGUUAAUUCAUGUGUAAAAAAACAAAAACAAAAAAACUGUACUUGUAUCACAAUGUGAAAUGCCUACGUUAUCAUGCGAAGAUUUUCAUCCUUUGGUUUAAUGGGGAUGGGAUUUAAGAAGCCCAGGCUUCUCCCGGAAGCCCUUGUCUUUUCUUCGGGUUAAUUAAUCUUAUCACAAUGCUAUCUUGUAACUGCCAAUGAUACCGAUGAUGAUGAUGACAAUAAACAACAAACAAACAAAUCACUGAGUGUCAAGACACAGCUGUGAAUGGCCACAGCUGGAUAUUUUGGGGAUUUUAUGGGUGAAACAUGGUAAUACAACAAGGGUCGCGACGCAGAAAUCGCAGACAUCAAGAAGUAGUUGAGAUUUUGUUUUUCAUAUAUUUACCCUUUUAAACGUUUUUACAUCUUUCUUUGGAGCGAUUAUUUAUCAUCCAACAUAUCUGAGAAAAUGCGACAGUAACAAAAAAAAAACAAAAAAAACAAUUAAGUGAUAGUUAUGAGGUAGAUAUCCAUGACUUUUUUGCAGACACUAUUUUUUUCAUUGUGGCGUUGUUUAAAAGUUUAAAAUAUAGGAGUGAAUAUUUUUUUAAAGUUCUUUUUUUUUUUAAACAAAAUAUUAGACAAUUAAUGAUUCUAAGAUGAAAUGACAGACAUUUUGAAUAAUAAAUAUAGUUACCUUUGUUUUAUGGCUGAGUUGAAACAAAAGUGUUUGCGCGACGUCUGUAAAUGGGCGUUUUCAGGGUAAAACAGAAAAAUAUUUCAGGGGCUUAAUACACCGUGAAUCCGCUAUGGCAGCAUAUAGACAUAUUGUUCUAUUAAACACAACAGUUCUUUUGGCUUAAAAUACAGCAGUUUAUUUUAAAGAGGAGUGCAAGAUCAGAAACUGCUUUUUCAGUCUUGUCUGUGUUUUCCGCCAUAUAUAUUUCCUGCUAUUCAUAUUCUCGAGUAUGCAGUUGAAUGUGAGCCUUCAAAGUAUAGUUUAAUAAACUGUAGUUUGGAAAAUUCCUGAAACAUGUCUUUUUGGACAGCUUUUGUCCAAGUUUGCACAUUCAUAAUGAAUUUGUCCAAAACAUCUUAAACAGCAUGACUUGACAUACUAAUCAAGCAGUGGAAUGUAUAUUCAAUAAGAAAUGUGUUUCCAAAUUGGAAAGAAAUUAUUAGCACCAAAACAGAUCCAUAGACCUUGUUGAUUUUUUUUUUAUUCUUUAAAAUGAAAUAAAAUAAUCAUUAAUGUACAAUAAAAUAAAUGUGAUGCAAUUCUGAACAAGCUAAUACAGUUUUUCCUUUGAGGCAUAUUUACACAUUCCAAUACCACUUUGCAACUAACAAACAUGCUUACACAUUGGAUAAAUCUUACAAGGAUAAAAAUGUAGCAUUACGAGAAUUCAGAUUCAAAAAUUGAAAAACUUGUGGCGUUAUGUGAAUUUAGUCAAACAUUAUGGGAAUGAAGUCGAAAUGCUGUGACAAUUAAGUUGGACAGUUACGGUUCAGUAAGCAUUGUACUCGCCAGUCCUAGUUCAAAUGGGUUGACUUACGAUCCUGACCAAAGCCACGCCUCCUAGGAUUGAAGAUAUUGACGAGAUAACAGCUAAUGUUUUAUAUACGAUGUACUGUAAUGUAACCCAACAGUAUACAUUAUCGGUUUAAUUUAGUAUUUUUAGAAUGUACGUAUAAUCUGUUAAGAUUA